GUAACCGAUUCGCGCAACGUGUCAUCGUAUCAACCGCUGUUCCGACUCGAACUUCCGACCUUCAGUCUUUCAUUCCAUUGUCGCCAUGGUCAAGCGCCGCUCUACCCAAGCCGCCACCAACGCUGCCAGGCCCCCUCAGUCACCUUCAAGGAAGCGCAAUGGUGUUAGCGGCUCAUCUCCGCUAUGGGUGUCAAUUUGCUCCAGCUUGUUGCCCAAUCUGCUCGUGAUCCUCGUCGCCCUCCUCGCUGUUUGGUUCGAGUUCACCACCAGCGCAUUCUACGUGCAGUCCCCAGAGCUCCAGACGUUGCUGAAGCGCUCGUUUAUCGUCUGGGUUUGUUUGGCUGUACGAACGCAGCUCACAGAUUUUGUGACUCCACCGCAACUAGCGCGUCGGCCUCCGUCGCUGCGCAAGGAAAUGCUUCGCCACGCCCGCGCACUAUUCGCUUCCAUCGCUGCUAAUUUACUAGGAACAACCAUCAUUCGCCCGGUGUUCGGCGCUGCACCGCAGUUUGAAGAAACUGUGAGACUUGUGGUGCCCCUUUAUUUCUUUGUUGUGGUGAUAGUCGAUGGGCUUCGCUUUCCGAUGCCACUGCUAAAGGCGAUCGUGGGGUUGAGCGUCAGUUGGUUGAAGGCUGUUACGAUCCCUAAGCUGGUCAUGGAGUGGCAGAUGAACACAAAUGCGCACCCGAUCGGGUUUCUCGCUGUUUCUACUGCCAAUUUAUACGCCAGUGGAACGGUGCUACGUUAUUUGACAAACUACGGCCGAACUCACCGCGUGGUGGACUUGUCUGUGGGUGUUUUUGGAUUCAUCCUGCAAAUUAUCGGAACGAGCGCUGUAAUGGGCCUCGUCGCGCACGUUGCCAAUCAUUUCGUUACGAACGAAGAGCGGAUUAUGGAGGCUCGCGUGCUCUACUUUUUUGUGGCUUGGUUUGCGUUGGAUAAGUACUGGAAAAAAGCACUAGGAGAUCUGCUAGUUUUGACUCUCACGUCCCCUGCCAAGUCGAAGAGUAGCUAGAAUGUAUUCAUGCACCAAUAGAACUUGUCUGAUAGAAUUGUCGACAUGUCAUCCGAUCAUCGGAUCAAUAGACUUACCACUAGGUGUAUUUCGUUAUCAAUGCAAGUUACUUGGC